CAAGUGAGAGUCCCUGGUUCAGUGUCGCACGAACGAGAUGGCUGUCAAUGUUCCUGGCCUUAUAGCAGUUAUUAUUUUUUACCUGUUAAUUCUCGUCCUCGGACUAUGGGCAGCGAGGAAAACCAAAGGGGAAACAAACAGUGAAAAUGUGAUGCUGGCCAAUCGGAAUAUCAGUCUAUUUGUGGGGGUCUUCACCAUGACGGCUACGUGGGUAGGAGGUGGAUUUAUCAAUGGGACAGCUGAGUCGGUAUACAAAGAUGGACUGGUGUGGUGCCAGGCACCCCUUGGGUACGCCAUCAGUUUAAUGCUGGGUGGGAUAUUUUUCGCCAACAGAAUGCGAUCUCAAGGUUACGUCACGAUGUUGGACCCUUUUAGCAGAACUUAUGGAGAGAGAAUGGGUGGAUUGUUGUACAUACCGGCACUUCUGGCUGAGGUGUUCUGGUGCGGGGCCAUUCUGGCCGCCCUAGGUGCUACGUUGGCGGUAAUUCUGGACUUGGAGCAGACGUUAUCGAUAACAAUCUCGUCCUGUAUCGCGGUAUUCUAUACUCUCUUUGGCGGCCUGUACUCUGUAGCCUACACCGACAUCAUGCAGUUGACCUGUAUCUUUAUUGGUCUUUGGCUCAGUGUUCCAUUUGCCAUGACAAACACGCACGUGACUAGCAUCACUACCAAUUCCUCCACAGUGUGGAUUAAGGACCUGGACCCUAAGUACAUAGGCUACUACAUCGACUCCUUCCUGUUGAUCAUGCUCGGCGGGAUCCCCUGGCAAGCCUACUUCCAGCGGGUUUUGUCGGCCAAGUCCGCAUUCAACGCUCAGAUUCUGUCUGUUAUGGCGGGGUUUGGCUGUAUCAUCCUAUCCAUUCCCUCCAUUUUAAUUGGCGCUAUCGCUGCCAACACAGACUGGAAUGCUACAAGCUACGCAACAGAGGACAAUAAGCCGGUGCCCAUCCCACCGGAACUGGUAUCUAACAUCCUGCCCCUGGUGCUGCAGUACCUGACCCCCGUAUGGGUCUCCUUCUUUGGACUAGGUGCCGUGGCGGCGGCUGUUAUGUCGUCUGCUGAUUCUUCCAUUCUUUCUGCAAGCUCCAUGUUUGCUCGCAAUGUAUACAAGAUGAUAUUCCGUCCGAAGGCUUCAGAGAAAGAAGUUCUUUGGGCAAUGAGGAUUUCCAUUUUUGGCGUUGGUGCCUUGGCAACAGUUAUUGCGAUUGUCGUAAAAUCUAUUUACGUGCUUUGGUUCCUGUGCUCUGACCUCCUUUACGUCAUAAGCUUUCCACAACUUUUGUCAGUUAUUUAUAUCCGAAAGUGCAACACCUAUGGAUCUAUUUGUGGUUAUAUAGUAGGACUAAUCCUUCGCCUCCUGAGCGGGGAGUACACUCUAAAUAUUAAUCCGGUCAUCAAAUACCCUUGGUACAUCGAAUCGGAGGGACUUCAGCUGUUUCCGUAUAAAACAUUCUCCAUGUUGGUUACAUUUACUUGUAUUGUUUCAGUUUCAUAUCUGAUCAGAUAUAUGUUUCAACGAGGGAUUAUUCCCAUGAAGUUUGAUAUCUUUAAAUGUUUUACUGGAAAAUUCGAAACGUCUGUCGACAUUGCUGUCAAAGAAGGAAAGAACAACCCUUCCUUUGCGGCAUCUGCUGACGACGUUAGAGACCGAUACACGAAGCAGGAAACAUUAACUUGAAAACCCCGGCUUUUAAACGAACAAUCUUCAACAU